UUUGCCACGGACCAGCUGAGCCAUGCCCCACGAGUUUGCCCGCCUCCCGACCAUCGUCCGGCCCACCAAGUACACGCUUGCGUACGACGUCGUGGACCUCGACCGCUACCGCUUCGAAGGUCGCGAGACCAUCGAUGUCGAGGUGAACGAGGCGACUAACACGAUCACGUCCCAUGCAAUUGAGCUCUGGGUGCACUCGGUCAAGGUGCGUCAAGGCGACAAGACCAUUGCUUGCGACGAGGUCCGCUUCAUCGAGGAAGACCAAACCGUGACCUUUGUCUUGGCCGAGACCUUGGCGCCCGGGCCUGCCCAGAUCGAGCUCGGCUUCCAUGGCAUUCUCAACGAUGAACUCCGUGGUUUCUACCGCGCAGGCUACGAGCAAAACGGCGAGAAGCGCAUCAUGGCGACGUCCCAGUUUCAAGCCUGCGACGCACGCCGAGCGUUUGUGUGCUGGGACGAGCCCGCGAUCAAGGCGUCGUUCGAGAUCUCGAUGGCGACGCCUGUGCACCUCACGGCCAUCUCCAACAUGCACGUGCUCUCGACCGCGAUCCGCCCGUCCCCGUACAUCCACAACGCGACGGAGAAGGUGUGGCAGUUUGCCGAGACGCCCAUCAUGUCGACAUACUUGGUUGCGCUCGUUGUCGGCGAGUUUGACAGUCUCUCGGCCUACUCGCGCGAAGGCGUCCUUGUCAACGUGUACACGCCCGUGGGGAAGAGCAACCAAGGCGAAUUUGCUCUCUCGGUCGCGACCGAGUCGCUUUCGUUCUUCACGAAGACUUUUGGCCUCGAGUACCCUCUCAAGAAGCUCGACAUGCUUGCGAUCCCCGACUUUGCAGCUGGCGCCAUGGAGAACUGGGGCUGCGUCACGUAUCGCGAAGAGGCGCUUUUGAUUGAACCCAGCCAGAGCAGCCAAGACAGCAAGUCGCGGGUCGCACUCACGGUCGCGCAUGAGCUCGCGCACCAGUGGUUCGGGAACCUCGUGACGAUGGAGUGGUGGACUGGCCUUUGGCUGAACGAAGGCUUUGCGCACUUUAUGGAGUACGAGGCCGUGAACGCGAUCUUCCCCGAGUGGAAGAUGUGGGAAAACUUCAUCCAGGAAGUCACGCUCGGCGCAGCGUUCCGCGAAGACGCCUUGCUGAGCUCGCACAUGAUCGAGGUCGAAGUCAACCACCCGGACGAAGCCGACGAAAUUUUCGACGCGAUUUCGUAUUGCAAGGGCGCGAGCAUCAUUCGCAUGCUCUGCGAGUAUCUCGGUCAAGAUGUCUUUUACAAGGGCAUCCAGGCCUACUUGAAGCAGUUUAGCUACCAGAACGCAGUGACGUUUGACCUCUGGCACGCGCUCGAAGAAGCUUCGGGGCUUCCGCUCGCGACGAUGAUGAACACGUGGACCAAGCAGACCGGGUACCCCGUCGUGACGCUCACGUGUGGCGAGGAGCUCACCGUGAAGCAAACGCGCUUCUUCUCCAACCCGUCGACGCAGGACGACGGCGACAGCCGCUGGGACAUUCCGCUGACGGUUGUCUACGACGAAGCCGAGAGUGCCACCGUCCACCGUGUUGGUAUUUGGUCGGCGGGCGAUGCGCCGCGCGACGAGGCCGGUGAAAUUGCCGCGGCCAGCGACCUCUUGGCCAACGACGAGCUAAAGCGUGCGUCGUGGGUCAAGCUGAACGCGCAUUCCCAGGGCUUCUACGUCGACAACUACUGUUCCGAGGGGUGGCGCCGCCUCCAGGCGCCGUGCCAGCAGCUCGUGCUCGGUGAUGUCGAGCGCAUGUGCUUGCUCAACAACGUGUUUACGCUCACGCGAGCCGGCCGUGUCGCUCUCAGCGAUGCGAUGGCAUUUGCCCGCGCGUUCGCGGCCGACCCGAGCUACCUCGCAUGGAAGACGCUCUCGGGCCACCUCGGCUUUUACGCCAAGCUCUUUGCGGACGAAGCAUUCUUUCCGGCUCUCCAAAGCUACAUUGCUGGUCUCUUUCAGCAGCCGAUGGGCCAUUUGACAUGGACGUCGCUGCCGUCGGACGACGACAACUCGGCGUACUUCCGCAAGGCCGUCAUCUCGAUGCUCGGCCUCGCGCGCGACCAUGCGGUGGUAACUGCUGCGGAGCAGCACUUCCAGACGUUUGUCGCGACGCCAACGGGGUCGCCGUUGGCGUCGGACUUGCGUAGCUGUGUGCUCGACUUGGUGGCCGCCGUGCACGCGUCGCCGGUCGUGUACGACCAGCUUCGCACACUGUACGAGUCGGUGGACCUCGGUGAGUUCAAGCUCGACUGUCUCUGCGCGAUGGGCCAAAUCCCGUCCAAGCGCCUCGAGACGCUUCAGUGGGCGCUCAGCGGGUCGCAUGUGCGCGCGCAGGACAUUCAGUACGCGUUCAACAGCAUUGCGCGCCAGAGCCAGGCCGGUACGGAGAUGGCGUGGGGCUACAUCCAAGAGCACUGGGACGAGCUCAACACCAAGUACAUCCCGAGCAAGAUUGGGUCGAUUGUGUGCUUGACGAUCCGCCACUUUCACACGGACGCCAAGGCCGACGAGAUCGCAACGUUCUUUGCGACACACAAGCACUCGGCCUUCAAGCGCAAGCUCGACACGACGCUCGAAGAGAUCCGCACCAAGGCGGCGACGUACGCGCGCGACGUGGCGGCCAUGGGCGACUACCUCGCAUCGCUCGCCUAAGCCGAUCCUCGAUCCAUGGAGCGCGCGAUGCCGGACGACGACGUUAUGCCUCUAGUCCUGCAGGAACGACCGUGAAUUCACCAACAAAUAACAUGGUCUAUGCAACACUGAAGACGGAUAGUGUCGUGCGAUCGAGCAA